AUGAUCUCCUCAGUCCUGAGACGGACUGUUCGUCCGAAUGCCCUCCUCCGCAGCAACCUCUCUUCCCAGAUCCUGAGAUGUUACGCCUCUUAUCCCCCGCACACCAUCAUCAAGAUGCCCGCUCUGUCGCCCACCAUGACGGCGGGAAAUAUCGGAUCUUGGCAGAAGAAGGCCGGUGACACCAUCGCUCCCGGUGAUGUCCUGGUCGAGAUCGAGACCGACAAGGCCCAGAUGGACUUUGAGUUCCAGGAGGAGGGUGUUAUCGCCAAGCUCCUGAAGGAGUCCGGUGAGAAGGACAUCCCCGUUGGUAACCCCAUUGCCGUCCUUGUCGAGGAGGGCACCGAUGUCAGCGCCUUCGAGGGAUUCUCCGCCGCCGACGCUGGUGGUGAGGCCAAGCCCGCCCCCAAGGAGACUCCCAAGAAGGAGUCCGAGUCCGCCCCUGCCCCUGCCCCUACCCCCGAGCCCGAGAACUCCUCCGACGACUUCAACAAGCCCGCCGGCAAGCUCGAGAACGCUCUGGACCGUGAGCCCAACGCCUCCUUCAGCGCCGUUCGCCUCGCCAAGGAGAAGGGUAUCAACAUCCGCGACGUCAAGGGAUCCGGCAAGGGCGGUAAGAUCACCGAGGAGGAUGUCAAGAAGGCUGUCUCCUCCCCCGUUGUCGCUGCCCCCGGCGCUUCCUACGAGGACUUCCCCAUCAGCGGCAUGCGCAAGACCAUUGCCUCCCGCCUCCAGGAGUCUACCCAGAACAACCCCCACUUCUACGUCUCCUCCAGCAUCUCCGUCAGCAAGCUCCUCAAGCUUCGCCAGGCCCUCAACGCCUCCUCUGACGGCAAGUACAAGCUGUCCGUCAACGACUUCCUCAUCAAGGCCAUCGGUGUCGCCUCCAAGAAGGUUCCCCAGGCCAACUCCAGCUGGCGCGGCGAUGUCAUCCGCCAGCACAACACCGUCGACGUCUCCGUCGCCGUCUCCACCCCCACUGGCCUCAUCACCCCCAUUGUCACCGGUGUCGAGGCUCGCGGUCUCGAGGGUAUCUCCACCGAGGUCAAGAAGCUCGCCAAGCUUGCCCGCGACGGCAAGCUCAAGCCUGAGCAGUACCAGGGCGGCUCCAUCUCCAUCUCCAACAUGGGCAUGAACGACGCUGUCGACAACUUCACCGCCGUCAUCAACCCUCCUCAAUCCACCAUCCUCGCCAUCGGCACCACCAAGAAGGUCGCUGUCCCCGCUCUGUCCGAGGACGGCACCACCGGCGUCGAGUUCGAUGACCAGAUCACCAUCACCGGCAGCUUCGACCACAAAGUCGUCGACGGUGCCAUUGGUGCCGAGUUCCUCAAGGAGCUCAAGAAGGUCCUCGAGAACCCCCUCGAGCUCCUUCUGUAA